AUGCAAGCACCUCCAGUGGACCCAACUGGAGAUAGCUGUGAGAAUGUUAGCCUAAAUCCUAAACCCAGCCCCCAUCAAACAGGACCCACAGAUGUGGUGAAUGCACAAUAUCGUUCGGGGUCGGUGACCUCCUGCCUAUCGACCAUGUCACCUUGUUCCCCGCCUGCUGGAUGUAGAGACAGUGGAUAUGUUACAGACGGGUCGCCGGCUAAUAUAUCGGCAAUUUCUUUUCCUUUUGAGCAAAGUCCGGAUCAACCCUUACAUCAGUCUUUGCCGUCAUCACCAUCAAUGUCUCAGACGAUGCGAUACCGAUACCAUCACUAUUAUCAUCAUCACCAUCGUCAGCAGCACUCUCAUCCACCUUAUUAUCACACUCAGAUGGCGACAGUGGCUUACGGGGCCGUCGGUGGCCACGGUCCCGACACGCCAGCCCCGAGCAGUGUCAGUAGCGUGGACGACCAUGUCAUCAAUGAAAACGACUCGCAGGACGACGUCGACGAUUCGAACAACGACGACGACGACGAUGACAAUGAUGACGACGACGAGGAGGAGGAAGACGACGUGUUCGCAAGCGACAGUGUCUCCGAGAGUUUCCAGGACGACACUGCCCCCAGCUAUCCUCUUCGGGCUAGUCAACCCAUCCCUAUACGCAACCCAGGCAGUCUUUUUUCUUCUUCUUCUUCUUCUUCUUCUUCUUCUUCACAAAUUGUAUUUUUCCUCCUCUCCAUUAGUGGCUAUCUGUAUUUCUUUUUCUCUUCUUUUUUAUUUUUCUUUCUUUUUUUUUUCGUUCUUUCCUUUUCCUUUCUUUUCUUUGUUUCUUCAUUAUUUUUCAUUCUUUCCUUCUAUUCUUUCCUUUUUUCUUUCUAUUUUCUUUUUACUUUAUUUUCUUUCUAUUUCCUUUUUUCUUUCUUUCUAUUCUUUCCUUUUUUCUUUCUUUCUAUUCUUUCCUUUUUUCUUUCUUUCUAUUCUUUCCUUUUUUCUUUCUUUCUAUUCUUUCCUUUUUUCUUUCUUUCUUCCUAUUCUUUCCUUCUUUUAGUUUUCCUUUUUUCGUUUUUUUCAUUCUUUCCUUUUUCGUUCUUUCUUUUUUUUCUUUAUUUCCUUUUUUUCUUUCUUUCUAUUCUUUCCUUUUUUUUCUUUCUAUUCUUUCCUUUUUCUUUCCUUCUUUUAGUUUUCCUUUUUUUCGUUUUUUUCAUUCUUUCCUUUUUCUUUCUUUCUUUUUUUUUCUUUAUUUCCUUCUUUCUUUUCUCUCCCCCCCCCCUCACUUUCAACAGUAGAUCCCACAUUCCCCGUUAA